AUGAAGACAGUCACAGUCUUGUUUCUGGUGGCGUUGAUUACUGUGGAAAUGAACAUUUCCUGUGCUCUCUCUUCAACCAAAAAAUUAGAAAAACCUGGAGCUUGUCCCAAGACUUCCCCAGGAAGUAUUGGCAUUUGUGUUGAACAAUGCUCAGGAGAUGAAACAUGCCCUGGCAAAAUGAAGUGCUGUAGCAAUGGCUGUGGUCAUGUCUGCAAAAUUCCUGUCUUUAAAGUCUCCUGGAGCUGCAUUUAUUUAGUGGAUGAUGAUGCAGAAGCAGGUAUGGCUCAAGAGUUCCCUGUUGUAAAGCAAUACAACAUCCUGCAGCAGUGGAUCUCAAAGUCCUGA